AUGAAGGUUCUAACAAGCCUAAUGGUGUUGGUGGAGAUCGUGGGCGCUUUGGUGAAUGCUGAAGAAGGUGCUGUAGCUACGGUGGCGCUAUACAACCUCGGGUGCUUAUCUAUCGUGUUGUUUGUAGGAAAUGGGCUGGACCAUCUGGAGGAUCAGCACCUGACCGGAACGAUGACUGAGCUAGCGAACUUGCGUAGCGAAGACGAUGGGAGCGGCAGUGAGUCUGGUUCCGGCGACAGUGGUCGUCGCUAUGGCAACAGCCGUAAGCUGGCCGAAUGCGUUGAAUACGACGGAAGCGGAAGCGGGAGCGAGUCUGGAUCCGAUGACAACCGUCACGAGCUGGUUGAAGACGACGACGUGAACGCUUACUGCCGUCCUGGCGCCAACGAUUGGCCGGCGUGCCGCUCCAUCGGAUACCCGGGGUGCAAGCCAGGCAUGGUUCGCUGGCCGCAAUGCCGCAAUGAUCUCUGA